GCUAGAAUAUCAACAAUCUAGCCGGCAACGGUAUUAACUUUGCCACACAUAUUAAUAUUUAGCCGUAAAGUGCAUUUAUUUAUUAACGAUUGCAAUCAAAUUAGUAGCUGUUGCCAAUUGCGCAUUAGCUUUAAUUGAAACGAAGUGAAAACGUACGCUGCACGCAAGGGGACUGGCUAGGGGGCAGGUCCGCCAGCAACGUGGGAGUACGUGGCAAUGACGAUGAUGUCGCCGUUAAUGGGCAACAAUUAAUAAUUCUUAGCUAAUUUACACUAAUUAUAAACUGCACUGUAUCGAAUUUAAUUGCCACUGGGAGCAAUGACUGCCACGUUACGUUACCGCGGCGACAAAAGCAAUUUGCUGGAGUUUGCCAAGAAUCUCGAUGCCUUCAAAAAGGUGCCUGAGAAGUAUACGGAGACCACGGAGAUCGGCGGCACACUCUCGCUGCUGAGCCGGCUGCUGAUCGUGUAUCUUGUUUAUACGGAGCUGCGUUAUUAUUGGAACGAGACGGAAAUCAUUUAUCAAUUUGAGCCGGACAUGGCGCUGGAUGAGCAGGUGCAGAUGCAUCUGGAUAUAACGGUGGCCAUGCCCUGCGCCUCGCUGUCCGGCGUUGAUCUGAUGGAUGAGACGCAGCAGGAUGUUUUUGCGUAUGGCACACUGCAACGCGAGGGCGUCUGGUGGCAAAUGUCGGAUGCGGAUCGCCGUCACUUUAAGUCCAUGCAGAUGACCAAUCACUAUCUGCGCGAAGAAUAUCAUUCUGUGGCGGACAUACUCUUCAAGGAUAUACUGCGCGAACGAACACCCACAAAGGAGAGCGAAACGCAUGCUGCGACUGCUGCAGCUGCUGCUGCUGCACCGCCGCCGCCGGGUGCACUGCAGCAGCCACAACAAUUGGCACAGCUGGAGUCCAAAUACGAUGCAUGUCGGCUGCACGGCACGCUAGGCAUUAAUAAGGUCGCCGGCGUUCUCCAUUUGGUGGGCGGCGCACAGCCCGUAGUUGGCAUGUUCGAGGAUCACUGGAUGAUUGAGUUUCGCCGAAUGCCGGCCAACUUUACGCAUCGCAUCAACCGUCUGAGCUUUGGCCAGUAUUCGCGUCGCAUUGUACAGCCGCUGGAGGGUGAUGAGACCAUAAUACACGAGGAAUCGACCACGGUGCAAUACUUCCUCAAGGUGGUGCCGACGGAGAUCCAGCAUACGUUUAGCACAAUAAGCACAUUCCAAUAUGCCGUCACCGAGAACGUGCGUAAGCUAGAUUCGGAGCGCAAUUCGUACGGCUCACCGGGCAUUUACUUCAAAUACGAUUGGUCCGCUUUGAAGAUUGUUGUCAGCCACGAUCGCGACUAUUUGCUAACCUUUGUCAUACGGCUCUGUUCGAUUAUAUCGGGCAUUAUUGUUAUAUCCGGUGCUGUGAAUGCGCUGCUGUUGGGCCUACAGCGUCGCCUGCUGCGCAUCUUUGCGCCGCAGCUCUACCAGCGGCUGCCCGGUGCGCCGCCCACAGUUAGCGUGGCCAGUGUACCGGCAACGGCGGCGCCCACGGCGCCGGUUAACGAGCUGCUCAGCACCGCCAAUCUGAUGGCCAAUGUGGAUAUUUCCGCUUAUCUGGCAACGGCGGCGCCCAAGUCUGGUAUCUAGCGCUGGCCUCGGGCCACAACAGGCCAAACCUAAUCUCCGUUCAAUAAAUUUCACAAUUCUUUUUUAUUAUAAUGC